UAGUGCUCUGGAAGAAGAGAAAUCCUUGAGGCAGAGCUGGUGCCAUGGAGCUCCCCAGCUAUAGCCGGCAGCUGCUGCAGCAGCUCUACACUCUAUGCAAGGAACAGCAGUUCUGUGACUGCACCAUCUCCAUUGGUACCAUCUACUUCAGGGCCCACAAACUUGUCCUGGCUGCUGCCAGCCUCCUGUUUAAAACCCUGCUGGACAACACUGACACCAUAUCUAUUGAUGCAUCUGUGGUGAGCCCCGAGGAGUUUGCCCUCCUGCUAGAAAUGAUGUACACUGGCAAACUACCUGUGGGCAAGCACAACUUCUCCAAAAUCAUCUCUCUGGCUGACAGCCUACAGAUGUUUGACGUGGCUGUCAGCUGUAAAAAUCUACUCACUAGCCUUGUAAACUGUUCUGUUCAGGGUCAGGUGGUAAAAGAUGUCUCUGUGGCAUCCUCAGAACCAUCCAGAAAGGAAUUGGAGAAGUCUGGGGUAGAAGUCUUUUCCUUGGAAGGUGCUGGAGAACUUCACUCUUCCUUAGAAGUUACUGCUUCUUCAGAGGGCCCCAUAAAAGCUGACACUGAGGAAGCAAGCCAUAUUGUUUUACAAGAGAUGAGUGUGGGUCCCUCCACUACCCAGGAGAUGCAGGGGAAUGCUGACAUCUCCGUGGAGACAGUUGAAGUUUGUUCCCCCUCUCCUGCUGUACACACUUUUAAUGAGGCCAAGGAGGCAAGCACAGAGCCAGAGUGUGAGAAGAAACACUAUGAGCUGAAGUUUCUUAUAGAAAAUGAAGAUGUCUUCUCAAAUGCACUCUUGAUCACCAAGGAUGUUUUAAAGAGACUGGAAGGAUGCUCUGAAAUUAAAGAUGCACAGAAGGAGACCAUAAUGGGUUGUCUUGAGGGUGAAGAAGGACAUUCAACUUUCCAGAGAAUCCUGGAUAAAGUAAGAGAUGAGAGCCUUGAUGCUCAGACUGUCAUUUCUCUCUUGAAGCUAUUCCAAGGCUCAAAUCUUUCAGUAAAGAGUGCAUUGCUAGACAGAAAGCCAGAAGAUGCCGAAGCAGUACAACCAAAAGGGAGCACAGAGGAGGGAAAGACCUUGUCUGUUCUGUUACUUGAACACAAAGAAGACCUGAUCCAGUGUGUAACACAGCUGAGACCUAUUACGGAGUUCCUGGAAACCACCAAGGAGGAAUUCCUGACUGGCUCUGAGAAAAGGGUGAUUCUAAAUUGCUGUGAGGGCGGAUCACCCAAGGAGACAAUAGAAAAUUUAUUGCAUAGAAUGUCUAUAGAGAAGCAUCUGACUGCUGAGAGUCUGGUAAAACUUCUUCAGGCUGUGAAGAUGUCAUUUCCAGGCUUGGACCUUCUGCUGGAGAGCUUGCAGAAAUUAGCCACUUUGCCGAGCACCACAGUCCAAGCAAGCCCUGAUGAUUAUGGGACUGAGCUAUUGAGACGGUAUCACGAAAACCUCUCUGAGAUUUUCACAGACAACCAGAUGUUACUAACAGUGAUCUCAGACGUGAAGAGUUUAGCCCCUGGAGAAAGAGAGGUCAUGGAGAAGCUCUUGAAAUGUGGCUCUGGUGCAGGUGCUUUCAGUUCUCUGAUGUCAGCAGUUCUAGAAAAACAGACUCUCUCUGCAGUCGCCAUUUGGCAACUGCUGCUGGCAGCUCAGGAAACAAAGACCUGCCCAUUAAACCUGCUUAUGGAGGAAAUUCAAAAGGAACCUGGUGCCAGUGCUUUCUUCCAAGCAGUGACUACUCCAGAAAGUGCUAUCUUAGAAACCAUCCUGAGACAUCACAGGUUGAUCCUAGGAGCCAUUCAGCAAAGGGUUGAAGUCAAGUCCUUUACCUCAGAGGAAGAGCACCUGGCAGAGACUGUGAAAGAGAUUCUGAGCAUUUCCUCUGAGACGGCCAGCACUGAAACUUCCCUGAGAGUGGUGCUGAACAGAGCCAUGGAAAAAUCCAUCUCUGCCAUUGAAAUAUGUCAUCUCUUGUGCAGCAUCUGCAGAUCGUUCCCAGGCCUGCAGCCUGUCAUGCAGGAGUUAGCAUACACUGGUUUCCUUACUCAGGAAACUGGAGAGAAGGGGAGGUGGAAAGUGAGUAAUAAAAUUCACCUUGAAGUCAACGAAGAAGCAGAUGAAAAGGCAGCCAAGUCAGCUGAAGAAGAAUGCCAAUAUGGGAAACAGAAUCAUCAAGAAGGGACUGGUUCCUUGCCAGAACAGCAAGAGAAAGCCAUUUCUGCCUCCCCAGAUUCUGCCAAGAAGAGCUUCAUUUGUAAAGCCUGUGACAAAAGUUUUCAUUUCUACUGCCGCCUAAAGGUGCACAUGAAGCGCUGCCGGAUGGCCAAAAGCAAACAGGUGCAGUGCACGGAGUGCAGUGAGACCAAGUUGUCUAAGAAGGAGCUGGAGAAGCAUCAGCUGGAGGCUCAUGGUGCAGGUGGAGAACUUAAUAUACCCAAGAAGAAAAAGAAAAGACUUCCUGUGACUUGUGACCUCUGUGGAAGAGAAUUUGCUCAUGCCUCAGGUAUGCAGUACCACAAACUGACUGAGCAUUUUGAUGAGAAGCCUUUCUCCUGUGAAGAGUGUGGGGCAAAGUUUGCUGCCAAUUCAACCCUGAAGAAUCACCUUCGCCUUCAUACUGGAGACCGUCCAUUCAUGUGCAAGCACUGUCUCAUGACCUUCACCCAAGCCUCUGCUCUGGCCUACCACACCAAGAAAAAACACUCUGAAGGGAAAAUGUAUGCGUGCCAAUACUGUGAUGCUGUGUUUGCCCAGUCUAUUGAGCUGUCACGUCAUGUGAGGACCCACACUGGGGACAAGCCAUAUGUCUGCAGGGAUUGUGGCAAGGGUUUCCGGCAAGCCAAUGGCCUCUCCAUCCACCUGCACACCUUUCACAACAUAGAAGACCCCUAUGACUGCAAGAAGUGCAGAAUGAGCUUCCCUACUCUGCAGGAUCACCGCAAGCACAUCCACGAAGUGCACUCCAAAGAGUACCACCCCUGCCCCACAUGUGGGAAGAUCUUCAGUGCCCCGUCCAUGCUGGAGCGACACAUGGUAACCCAUGUGGGUGGCAAGCCCUUCAGCUGUGGCAUCUGCAACAAGGCUUACCAGCAAUUGUCUGGUCUAUGGUACCACAAUCGGACCCACCACCCUGAUGUGUUUGCUGCUCAGAACCAUCGAUCUUCCAAGUUCUCUUCACUGCAGUGCAGCUCCUGUGACAAAACCUUUUCCAACAGCAUUGAAUACAAGAAGCACAUCAAAGCAGAGCAUGCAGAUAAGAAAUUCCUUGAAUGCAACCAGUGUAAGGAGCUCUUCCCCACGCUAGCUUUGCUACAAGUUCACGUCAAGUGCCAGCAUUCAGGGUCACAGCCAUUCAGGUGCUUGUACUGUGUAGCUACUUUCCGCUUUCCCGGAGCACUGCAGCACCAUGUCACUGCAGAGCACUUCAAGCAGACGGAGAGUACCUUCCCCUGUAAGAUCUGUGGGGAACUCUUUACCUCCCAGCCCCAGCUGGAUGCUCACAUGGAAUCUGAACACCCAAAGCUUUCAGGCACUGAAACCCAAGUUGCAGCCUCCCAGAUGGUGCAGGUGAUCCAAACUCCAGAGCUGGUGGCCCCAACAGAGCAGGUGAUUACAUUGGAUGAGACCCAGCUUGCUGGGUCACAGGUGUUUGUGACGUUGCCAGAUUCACAGACUGCCCAGAGCAGUUCUGAGCUUGUGGCAGUGACUGUGGAAGAUUUGCUGGAUGGUACAGUGACCCUGAUCUGUGGUGAGGCCAAGUGAAUGGUAGCUCAUGCCAUGGAGGGCACUGCAUCUGCAGCAGGGAGAAUGCUCUGCAGCUUGCCCUCACCCCUCCAUUCCUGGCUCUACUGAGUGGUGAGCAUCUUAAAAACAACCAGUGAUCUCACCUAGAAAACAUUAGGAGUGUCAUUAUUCUCAAAGAACCAACAAUGUCUCGAGUCACCGGCACCAGUGCCACUACCCUCUGUGGAAGACAGACCUGCUUCCUUCCCUGCAUGCUUGUUGCUGGGGCUUCUGUGGCACUGUCCAGUCCUGCAUGGAGCACCACUUCUAAACUGAGAUUUGAAAGAGUAGUGACAAAGCAGCUAAUGGCCAGGAAAGCCAGAGAGGCACAGUAUGCCAGCAGCCUUUCCUUUGUGCAGAACGGUAAUAGGUGUGACUUUGGCCCGCAGUUGGGACUGCAAACACUGCCAGUGCCUUCCAGUCAUUUAAAAUAAAGAAGCACCAGUAAACCACACAGGGAUCUAUAUCCUCGACCACACCUUCUCUUGCUAACUUCAGUCCUCCUCCCAUCUUCUUAGUCUCCCCUCCACAGCUCCCACUCAUGGUCUCAGUAUGAUAGGCAGCAGCAUGUCACCACAUGAAGCCCUUACCUCCAUGAUGAGCCCCAGCUUAUUGUUCUGGUCAGCCCUCCCCAAACAAAGCCUUUAGAGUAUUUCUGUUAGAAGAAUUCAGGGUGAGACCAUCUAGUGACACAGACAGUCUCUGCUUUCCCAGGAUGUUCCUUGGCUGAAGCCUGCAGCCUGUCCAUGUUAUUCUCACCUCGCUCCCAAUCAAACGUCUAAAACACAUUCUCAGCCUUGCCUUCCUUCUGCAGCACGUCUGGUAGCAAAUGACCCAGCCCCAGGGAGCAGUGCCUGUGAUUGCCUGCCUCUUCCUCCUGCAGGUCUUCCCCAUCUUGUCUCCACUCUUAUAGGCUGCCACUGUGACUGCAUGUCAGUGAGCCUCUAAAGCCUAAAUUACAUAAAAUUUGCUUUUUUUUUUUUUUAAUCUUCAGCUCCUAAAACAUAAGCUCUUAAUGAUUUGUGGAAUCUGUUGUGAAGUGCAGCUCAAUAGAUGCAGGCUCCCGCCAUUUGAAAGGAGCAGGUAACAUUUAUCUCCCUUCCUCCAUUGCCAGAAGGCUGGAGUCUGCUAGGGUCGUGUUUACACCAAGUAGUUGCACACCUGCCACUUGUGUGAUUGGACCCCCUGCAGAGAGUAGUACAGAUCAUUCAGCCCCAAGCUGCAGGCUGGCAGAAGACAAGCCUGCCCUUUGUUUGUAAGGACUUUUCACAUCGCCAGAUACGAGCUGUGGUAGCUGGCUGAUUUUUGUUGUGGUCAAGAUUUUCACUGCCACCACACGCAGCUGGAAGGUCUGAAGACUAGACCUUAACAUGGACCGGUGUGCUCACCAGGCUGCCCUCUUAGUGUAGGCUGUGAGUCUUUGCAGGGGCCAGCUCACCCCAGGAAACCACUCCAGCUUUCAGUCUCAUUUCUGAUAUGCAAAUCCCUUGAGCUUGUCAACUCUAGCUCUUCCCUGUCUGCUGUAAAUGAAGUUUUCAAAGGAAAGUCAGCUUCAAAAACCAAAAACUGACCAGAAGAUGGUGCUCAAACCUUAAGACUUUGCCUCCACAUGAAGUCCUCACUGCUUAUACCCAGGCUACUCAGAUAUUCUUAAGUUUUUUCAGUCCUGUAAGCUGUCAAACCAAGGGAACUCUUAGUCAGCAAGUGGCAAAAUGGCACUGAAUCUCCCCUUGGCAGCAGAUAAACCCACUAUAAGAGAGUGGACUAGCCAGUGCUUACAAGGCCUUGGAGCCAAGUCCAGUAGCUAAGGGUGCAGCUUUGCAUAAGCCAUGGGCAGUGGCUGGGAACUGCAGUGUCAUCAACUCUUCCAGCCAAAAACCAAAGUAAAUAAAAUAUUAAUUGUCAAGGGCCUGUAGGGGAACGUGAUUUUCCUUCUUAAAAAGUCUUCUGAAUAAAGAAGAACAUGAGCUUUAUAUCCAAGUCUCAUAUCCUUUCAGUCACCAAGAAAGUCUGUCCAGGGUUCCCUGUGAAGACCCAGAUGCAGCUACACUAGCUGUGUAGCUCACUCUGCUGAGAGCAGAGAAGUCAGCCUUUAUGCUCAAUGCAGUCACCCAUUGGCAUAGCCAACAGCAGGCACAAACUCUACAUAGGUUCUAAGAGUGAGGGGAAAGCCCCGCCCCAAAUCUAGACUUUGUUCUCAAUGAACCCCUGCAAGAAGCUGUGCUGGCAGUGAUUUUACUAGGCUAUUCCCUCGAGACUCCCCAGUGUAGAUUGUAUUAUAGAAAGGCUUUCUAGCUCUACUCAUUCUUCCCACUUUUGCCCAAGAGACAUAAAUUGCUGCCAUGAAAGACAUUAUCAUGGUCUCCUUAGUACUUAUCAUUUGUGCUGCCUUUGUGGUCUCUGGGCUGAACCCCUACACAUUUGUGCUGGUUUGGAAGAAGCUAUGAGUUGCUGAGAUAACUUGGAUUCAUUCAGCAGAACCCCCAAACCUUCCUGCUGCCAGAGCUCAUGAGGCAGCCAGUGAAGAGGGGAAGGCAAACAGAUUCCCCACUCAGGUCUAAUACUGUGGGAAUCAUGAGCGUCAUGGAGCAGAAUUUGACCACUCCAGGUAAAUAAGAGGAUUCAAGAGCAAAGUUAACUCUAGAUAAGACUUAACUCUGCAAGUGCGUAAGCAGACCAAGGGGUAGAAAGAAUGAUCUUUUGUUUAUUUUAUAAAAGUGACUCUUCUGUCUCAGAAGCUUUAUGGUUAGAAAACUUAGAAGCCAGUGAGUGGCCAGCUGAUCUGGGUGCCAGAUGACUCAUGUUUUCUGAGGAAGCAUCUUGACCGACCAUCACCUCUCAACCACUGCUGACAGCAUGGGGAAGAGCUCAGAGGGAUGAAAUGAGACUACUCUGACAGGCAUGAGUGGGGGAGACAAGGGCCCAGGGCUCUACUGGUGGUCCAGAUCAGGUAAGCUCCCAGCACUGAGAAAGAUAAGAUGGGGCCCUAAGAGCUUGCCCUCCACUUGGGUGAUGCUACUGUCAUCACUAGCUAGUGAUAUUAAUGAGCUAGCAUAGGGAAGACUAUGCCUUGAAAUCUCGUGUAUCUGAGAUUUAUGAAUUGACUUGGAAUGGAAGAAGCCCCUGAGAUUACAUAGAGUAAUCUAAGGGACAGGCACUAUUUCUGUUAAAUUGGGACUAGAUAGUUAGUACAGUGAUACAGGGAAUGUUGGGGUGCUUUCAUCAAGCCUCCUAAAGGGAAAACACAGCAGCCCCAGCCCUGCCUUGCUGCCUCUGACCCAGUGCCUCCCAGGGUUACUUUGGGAGGUAGGGAGAAAAAUGGGAGUGAAAGAAAGAUAUGGGCUUGAUGAGUGUCAAAGGCAAGAUGAUGAUUAUUCUGUUGCCAUGGAAAACUUUUGGGGCUGGCAGAACUUGAGCCAAAAAUUCAAGAAGCACAGCCCAAACUUGGAAACUUGCUGCACCUAUGCACAAUCCAGUCAAUAAGGAAGGGAAAAGCUAUUUAUACAUUAGGGGUAAUAUUGUUGAGAACAAAUAAAUCUCUCUUGGACUAAUUUAGAUCAUUUCCAAAUCAUGGACAUGCCCAGGCUUUCUCUUACUAAAGCCAGCAUACUUGUUGCUAUACAUCACUAGAACAAAUGGUCAGCACACAAUCCUGUAUAAAUCAGAUUACCAACUAUUACUCACUUUUAACUUGCAAUAUUCUGUAUCAAUAAAAAUGUAUGUAUUAACAAACUC